AUGCUGCUGCCGUCGCUUUGCCCUGUGAAUGAUGUGACCCGUGUGCGGAACAUUGGCAAGCCGCUACAAAGCCGCUAUGGAACUUUGAUGAGUAGAAGUGGAACUGGAGCCAUACCGGCCCUUCCCGCGACUCCAUCGGCUUCUUCGUCUUCUUUGCCACUGCCUCCACAGCCUUCACAGCCACCGCCGGCACAGUCACAGCAUUUCCGAUUGCCAGCAGGUACCCUGGGCAUCGUCUCACAAGUGGCCAUACAGUAUGCUGUGAACCCAUUGAAGGAUUCGCGGCUAAAACCAUCUCCGCGUUAUGAACUGCCUCUUGAGGCUUCCCCGAGGCUCGCACGACGCAAGUCCGCGGAAACACCUCUGGAGGAGCUGCCGCUGCCAUGCAGGGAUUCCAUCGCAGACUUGACCACCUCCGUGUCGCAGGUGCUGCACAAGCCCACCGUUGCAUUGAAGCGCUCGAUGCACUUGAUGGACGGGCUGCAGACAUUGCGUUGUUUGGGAAGCUCUGGUGCUGACGCAUCAAGCAGGUCUCCCACGAUUUCCCCACGAUCACAGGAGGAGACUUUGGCAGACCCAACGAGCCCUGCCAGCUUGCUCAGUCCGCAGCUCACUGCACCGGAUACCACUCCAGUAAGCGUUCGAAGACCGAAAGCAAGCGAAGAGGGACCUACAGAGGAGGAUCCUUUGUUGCUCGCGGUCCUCAAGGAUGUGCAGGACACCUCACAGUCUUUGCUUCUGAAGAUGAAGCGCAUCGAACAGGCUCAGAGCAUGGUCAAGCGCUGCAAGGGCACUCGCCAUCCUACGAACCUGGUGACGGAUCGUGUGCGCCUGGUUAUAGAGCGAAAAGCUUCGCUGCUGCGCCAGGUCGAAGAUCGGAUGGCAGAGUUCCAGGCUGCGCAGGCCGACUCUGAGCAAAUUCUUCGACGCCUCGUUGAACGUGGAACUGCCGCCCCGGAGGAGCUGUACGGGGUUCGCCAGUUCGUGCGCAGCUUUACGCACCGCGGGAAUCCUGCCGAGGCCGACCGCAAGAACUUCCGGCAGUUUGCAUCCACGUUUAAACUGCCUGGCCAGCACAAGCUUCUCGAGGGAUUUCAAGACAUCGCCGCGGAAGCUGGUGCUUGGUGGGCGGAAAAGGCUUACCAAGAAGCGAUCGCUGGUGCGGGUCACAUCCCCAUCAUGCAGCUGAUGGAAUUGGCCGUCUCUGUCGGUGCUGAUCCGCAAGAGCCGAUGCUACUCAGGGCUCGAGAUGUUCUGCUAGAGAGGCUUCGUGUGAGUAUCUCUGCAUUUGCCAAGGAUUGCAUGGAGAAGGAUGAUCUUGCCGAAAAGCGUGCCAAAGAACGUAAUCAGGUUCCCCCUUUGGGAAUGGCAGCCACGAACGCAGAUCGUAUCGAAGCAGAAGUCUUCGAGGCCAUUCGUAUGGGAAUGGACAAAGAAGACCCGUGCAUCGAAGAAGCACAGAACAUCAUCAAGGUUCUGCGGCAGAAAGACGGGGAGCGCAAGCGACUGCAUAACCGCAACAAGCGCUUGCAGGAGGAUGCCAACAAGGUCGACUGA